CAAAUAUAGAGACAUUACGUUUGACAAUUGGCUGGAGGCUAAUAUAUUGAAGACCACCCUGUGAGGAGGAGCUACUUUGAAAAGUUACCAGUCCUAGCCGAACCUGCCCUUGCCGCGGACUUGAGUUACGUGACCUCGCAUAACCCAGUCCUUGUGUUUUCAAUGUGAGUCGACUGUACAAGAGCGUCUAAAAAUGGCAACCUCGAUCCUGCGUCAGUCCAGCUGCUUGUCAAUCAAUAGAGCUACCACUUUCUCACCGAUUUUGCGGAAUGGGUCAAUCAGAUGGAGUACUGCUGCAGCGGUAGUGCUCAGCGCCGAAACAACACAAACGAGAUUCCCAGGCGCAGUUGGAAGUCCUAUCACCACUACAAUGAAUUUCGCCCAGCCCUCAAAUCUAUCUCGAAUUCCCACUACAGAGUUAUGGAUUCUGAAGGUGUCAUUCUGGAUAAGGACAGGGAAGUUCCGGAUGUCACAAAUGAGCAGGCUGUUACUUGGUACAAGAAUAUGUUGACUGUCAAUAUCUUGGAUUCAAUUAUGUAUGAGGCGCAACGUCAAGGCCGGUUGAGUUUCUAUAUGGUGUCGGCGGGUGAGGAAGGCGCCACUGUUGAUUCUGCUGCAGCACUUGAACCAAGAGAUGUAGUUUGUUGUCAAUAUAGGGAAACGGGUGUUUUCCAACAGCGAGGAUUUACUCUCAAGGAUUUCAUGAGCCAGUUAGUCUCCAAUCGCAACGACCCAGGGAAAGGGCGCAACAUGCCAGUUCAUUACAGCGGGAAGAACAAAGUCGGCGCACAUGCAAUAGCAUCAACAUUAGGCACGCAACUACCCCACGCAACCGGAGUCGCGUUCGCGAUGAAGAUACAAGCUAUAGAAAACCCUACAGACGCUCCGCGAGUGGUGGCGUGCUAUUUCGGGGAAGGAGCAGCAAGUGAAGGCGACUUCCACGCUGCCUUAAAUAUUGCAGCUGUGAAAGGGUGUCCCGUUAUCUUCAUCUGCCGCAACAACGGCUUCGCGAUCUCAACUCCAACAUCUGAUCAAUAUAAAGGUGAUGGUAUUGCUAGUCGCGGUGUCGGAUAUGGUAUCGCAACCCUCCGUGUUGAUGGCACUGACAUUUUUGCCAUGGCUGUCUUAGAUGGCGGUAGACCCAUCCUCCUAGAGCUGAUGAGCUACCGUGUGUCUCACCACAGUACGAGUGAUGACAGUUUCGCAUAUCGCACGCGCAGCGAAGUUGAAAGCUGGAAGAGCCACGAUAAUCCACUCACGCGGCUUCGUAAGUGGUUAGAGAAUCAGGAUCUUUGGGAUGACAAAUUGGAAAAAGAGAACCGAACACAAAUCAGGAAAUCGAUUUUGAAGGAGUUUGCCGCGGCGGAGAGAGAGAAGAAGCCAGCACUCGGCGCUAUCUUUGACGAUGUCUACGAGGUGCUUUCGGAGGAGCAGGAGGCUCAGAAGAAGGAGUUGCGGAGAAUCCUACAAAAAUACCCGGCGGAAUAUGAUGUGAGCCAAUACGAGGGUGGUAUUGAGGGACUAUAA